GAAUUUCUUUUUUUUUAUCUAAGUAAAGCUUCAUUCGACAAGUUUUCGAAAUGAUGGCCGGACCUCAAAUGAUGGCCAACCAUGAUGUUGGGCCUAGACCACAGCAACGAGGGACCAGAGAUGUACAUGGUCGGUUGAGUGUGGACCCCGAAGUGCGAUUCACAAAGUUGGAGAAGAUUGGCAAAGGUUCCUUUGGGGAAGUGUUCAAAGGCAUCGACACAGAGUCCAAAGAGGUCCUGGCAAUCAAAAUCAUUGACCUGGAGGAAGCGGAGGAUGAGAUAGAAGACAUCCAGCAGGAGAUCAUGAUUCUUUCACAGUGUGACAGUCCCUUUGUCACCAAAUACCAUGGCUCUUACCUCAAGGGUUCUAAGCUGUGGAUCAUCAUGGAGUAUCUGGGUGGCGGCUCAGCCUUAGAUCUGAUGAAGGCUGGCACUUUCACAGAAAACGACAUCGCCAUCAUACUGCGAGAGAUACUCAAGGGCUUGGAUUACCUGCACUCAGAACGUAAACUUCACAGAGACAUCAAAGCUGCCAAUGUGCUUCUGUCAGAGGGCGGAGAUGUGAAGCUGGCUGACUUUGGAGUAGCUGGACAGCUGACCACCAUCAACAACAAGCACACAUUUGUGGGUACGCCUUUCUGGAUGGCACCAGAAGUGAUAAAGCAGUCUGCCUAUGACACAAAGGCUGACAUCUGGAGUUUGGGCAUCACAGCUAUUGAGCUGGCUAAAGGAGAGCCUCCUAACUCUGAUUUGCACCCCAUGCGAGUGCUGUUUCUCAUUCCUAAGAACAAUCCACCCCAGCUGACGGGGAAUUUCUCCAGACCUUUCAAAGAGUUUGUGGAACUUUGUCUCAACAAGGACCCCACCAAUCGACCGCCUGCCAAAGAAUUGUUGAAACACCCAUUCAUCCGUCGUGCCAAAAAGACUGCCUACUUGUCAGAAUUGAUAGACCGGUACAAGAGGUGGAAAUCGGAGAAAGGCCCAGACAGCGACAGCGAAGACAGUGAAGAGUCAGGAGACAACAGCGAUGAAGAAGACUUGAAAGAUCAGUGGAUUAUGACUAUCAGAGAACAGAAGAUCAACGGCAUCCAGACUCUGGUGGGAGGGCCUGUUGACAGUCUGGGUGGACAGACCGAGAACGUCACCAAAAAGGCGAGCCCCACCCCGAGCCCUAAGCGGGUGGCCCCCACCGCUCCGGCACAGGCGGCCCCAGCGACGUCUAUGGGCGUGGCAGGAGCCCAGGCGGCGGCCCCAUUGGCCAGCUCGGCCAGCUCGGCCAGCUCGGCCAGUAAAACUUCCCUGGCGGCAGACAACCCGGCUAGACGGUCGCCCAACACGCGGCCAGCGAGCCAGGUGCUGACCCGGCCGGUCCAGCAUCAGCACCCGCACCAGCACCACCAGCAGUUUGUCCCAGACUCUGGUGGCCGCCCGUUUAGCUACCAUGUCCACUCUGCUGGUCAGCAGCAGCUUCCUUCGGCCGGCCGACCCCCCAGUGUCCACCACUUGCGCAGCGACUCGGACCCUGCCCGCCUGGAGGACAGCGGGAGCAGCCUCGUGGAUAAUGGUCCAAAACACCUGCGCAGUCGCUCUGAUAACCUGGUUCCUAUAACGCCUGUAAACAGGCAACCAAAGGCUACUCAACCUCCGAAGCCUUCGAAAGGACCAGAACGCCCCCAGGCUUCAGCAACUCUUACCUCAGCAAUACAACCGACCCUCACGCAGCUACAAGAGGAGUACAGAAAGGAGUUCCGGCGCAUCGGUCGGCCGCUGCCCUUGCUGGACGUGGUGCAGGAACUGCAGAACGCCUUUGACCUGGCCGAGAUGUCGUGCCCGGGCCUGGCGGACGACCUGGUGGCCGGCGUCCUCUCCCGACUCCUGGUGGCCUCCUCCGGAUCCAGCUCCUCAUCGGCUGACGAGGCCGAAGCCUGGAAGGCUCUGGACAAGAUAAAGAGGCCCUCCUAGAAGAGAUUUGAAACCCAGACGUGACCACCGUCCAGCUGGCUGGCAAUGUGGGGGGGGGAGUUGGUGGAGGAUUGGACUAGUAGCUGAGCGGAGGCGGCCUCUUCUUUCCGAGGGGACGCGGGCUCAUCAUACUGCUACGUUAGAUCCAACGCAACAACAUCUUGUGGGAGAAGCAAGCCUUGUAGUAUAUCUGUGCACUCUUGUUGCUUUCUGUACGUGUGUGUAAGUAAGUGUGUGUGUGUGUGUGUGUGUGUGUGUGUAUGUGUGUGCGCGCGUGUGUGUGUGUGAGUGAAUGAGUGAGAGGUGUGUUUCGACUCGUGGAGUGCUCAUGUGGCAAACAGUUGUCCUGACUAGAAUAUUUAUGUUGAGUGAAAAAAAAAAAGCAACACACCCUAUAAAACACAAGACUGUUGUUACUGUAUCUAUGAAAUCAGUGUGCGGAGAUAGUGCAGUGAUGUCUGGAGUCUAUGGACAAUGUUUUUUUGUUGUAUGCAAAUUUAUUAGUAAUGAGAUCUUCGCAGAAGCACAUCGAUGUGAACAUGCCUUGGACCUUGAUUAAGGGCAAACUUACUGAUUUGUGUAUUUGAAAUAUUUUUCCUCUUCCACCUGCACGUUUAUGUUUAAUUAUUUUGAAAAAGAAAACUUGAUAGGGUUUUUGAGUUUGUUUUGAUUAGGUCUUGUGAUGUGAGACUGGAAAUAAUGCAGAAUGUGGACGGAAGGUUGAUUGCUUGUUUUUGGCUUCUUAAUUACGCAUGUGUUUUCUUUAAUUGAAUAUUGGAUAUUGAAUGUGUUGCUCCAGAGGUUUGAGUGGGAUAAAAGUGAAGCGGCUUAUUGUAUAAGUUUGUGAAAAUGUAUUGUUUUUUCACCUUUUUAAAAAAUGAUUGAAAUGACAGACGGAAAUCUUGAGCAAAAUACCUUCAGUCAUAUGUGAAUUUUAUGGACUUCCUCGAACCAUGCUUCCCAAUGACUAACAAGGCUUUCACUUGGGAAUUAGUAGGGAUACUUUUGUGUUUAUCUGCAAAAUUUGUGGUUUUGUUUCCUUUUGUUUGUGAUGUUUUAGUGAAUUUUUUUUUUCUUUGCAAAAGUGUUUGUUCAGAAGCCUGUAGAUAAUAGUAUCAUUUGCACACCCUGAAUUAUCCAGUGUGAUAAUUAUUAGGAAGAGAUUCUGACUAUUCUUCUUCUGUUAAUGCUGAGGGGUGUAGUGGACCAUUCGUUCAUGGAGAUAUCUAUAUAUAUAUUUUUUCAUUUUUAGAAAGUAACAUUGUGGUUGUUUGACUGCUACAAGAGAAUAUAUGAGGUGUACUGUUGACUGUGUCAUGCAUAUUACUUUCUUUCAUGUAACAAUGUUUAUUUGCAUACGUUAGCGCUGUUGUUAGCGCUGUUGGUUUUAUGACCUUGUGUAACAUUUUUCUGAUUAAGGUAGGAUGUUCUAUAAUGCGUGCACACUGAAAACAAGGUGGAAGGAAUGGAUGGUUUGGAUUCUGUCUGUAUAUAUUCUUGUUUGAGGGGAAGACUCCACCCCAGUUAUGGUUAGUGGGUGUCCCCGUUAAGUAUCUCUUCAUUUCCUUUGCCUUGCCCUUUGGUUUUUCCACGCUGUGUUUCUAAAAGUUUGUCUGCUCUGUGAGGGUUUGCUGCAGACAGGAACUUUCAGCUGGUGGGGGUCUGUAGUCAAAGUGGGUUCUGUCUGCAAUAUGCUAGGGGGUGAAGGGAACUGACGGUGCAGAGUCCCUGAAAUGGUGUUUGUAUGAGGUCCACACUUUGUCAAAAUAUUUUAUCUGAUGUAUGUUAUAUAUGUUAUAAUAAAUGGAGACAUUUGACUUAA